AUGAUGUGCAACAAUGAUAAUAACCAAUCCUCCUUCUCCUCCGAAUUGUCGUACUCGAAUUUGAUUACUGACAGAAAUCGAAGAUAUAAAAACCUGAAACGCAACGAAGGAGGAGGAAUGACUCCAUCCACACUCUCUUCUACUUUUGCCACUGUUACUCAUCAUCUCUCUAAUGGUGAUCAGAAAGAAGAAGAAGUCCGUCCAAACACCAUAGGCGCUCUCAAUACUGCCACCGAUUCAAGUCAAAUUCGAAAAUCCUCUUCUUUUGAUGAUCAUUCAUCAUCUCGUCCAAUCCACCACCACCACCAAACACAUUCCUUUCCAUCAUUUUCUCCGCAAAUGUCAUCCUCUCACACCGCCACCGACUCGAUGACUCACAAAAACAACAACUCCUCCAUAUCGAAUCCAUCAUCAUCAGCCUCCAUGAUUCACCACUCACCACCACAGGAAGAAAUGAAUGUUACACGUCGUACAAAUAGUAGUAGUAGUAGUAGUAGUAGUAGUAUUAGUAAUACGUUAUGUGAAAAGUCGACGACCGUUUCUUCUCGAAGAUUUGGAGUUGUUGUUUCAUCUUUUAGUGAGAAGAAUCACGCUUCAACAACAACAACAACAAGUUCUUCAUUGAAUGAACAAGGCAAUGAUAACAGCAACAACACAAAGACAUUGUCGGAUCCUGCUGCUAUCAGUGCUGAACAAGUUGCUGAAGAUUCAUUGAGCAAUGAUUAUUUGGAUGAUGGAAAUCAAAUGCCAAGUUCCAUUUCUGAUUCGACUCUGGAAGAUGAACAAUCCACGAAUCUAAAUUCUCAGAAAUCGAAAAAAAGAGUUUUUAAAGUUCCCAAAAUUAAUGUAGGGCUCAUGACAAGAAUUGAAAGCACUGAUUUUGAUACGGAUCGAUUUGUGACAACAGAUCGAGAAUCGAUUCCCUCGAGCAGUCGUAGUAGUGGUGGCAGCAUGAACAGCAUUAGUAACAACACGGCACGAUCCAGUCGUGGAGCUUCUUUUAAAAAACGAUUGGAUUCCAUGUUGAAAAAAGAAAGUCGAGCAGAUAUUUAUAUGGCGAAUAUGCAAGAAUUAAUCAAAAAUUCACAAAACAAAAUUGGUGAGGAAGUGACACCUUCAGACAAAGAUUUUGAGCUAAUGAGAGUCAUUAAUAGAGGAACGGAUCGAUUAUUACACAAAAUUUCACUCGACGACACACGUGAUGGUGGGGAUUCAAGUCUGAAAAAGAUGGAAGAUUCUAACUUUGAAUAUGAAUAUGACACGGAUGAAGUGUACAUUUUUAGAGACAUUGGAGCAGAAUUUAAGCUAUUCUGCCCAACUGUCUUUCAACAUUUAAGACAAUUAUUUCGAGUCUCUGAAUGGGAUUUCAAAAAACAAAUGGGAUGUCACUGUGGAUCUUAUUCACGAGUUGGAACUCCUGGGAAAAGUGGAGCUUUCUUCUUUUUCACAUCAUCCACGAGUUAUUUGUUAAAAUCAGUGACUGAGGAAGAAUUAUCAACAGCUCUUGAGUUACUACCACACUAUCACAAACAUAUUCAAAAGAAUCCAUAUACAUUGUUGAGUAAUUUUUAUUUAUUAUUUGAAGUGACACUUCGCAACCAGAACAAGUAUCGAUUUAUUGUCAUGAAUAACAUCUUUUUCACACCUCUUACAAUUCAUAGAAAAUAUGAUCUAAAAGGAAGUACAGCUGGAAGAGUGGCUACAGAAAGUGAACGAAAGAAGAAAUCUCCCAUCUUGAAAGAUAAAGACAUCCAACAGGGAGACAUCAAACUCAAUCUCGAUUUAAAGCUUAAUUUUUAUAGGAGACUUGAAAGCGAUGUGAGAUUUUUACAGGAAAAUGACAUUAUGGAUUAUUCAUUACUUCUCGGUGUACACAACCACAGUCAACGAACGGAAGAGGAAUCAAAAAUUAUUUCACGACUUCGAUUACCACAACCGAAUGAUACAUCGUUUAGUGGAUGGCAAAGAAAUACUUGUUCUUCCAGUGAUGGAAAGGAAGUUUACUUCGAGAAGAUGAUGAAAAACGGUGUGCAAUCUCUCAAAGCAAAAAUUAGAAAUGCCACCAAAGAACGAGUCUCAGUUGAAAAACCUUUCAAAUAUGGACAACGAUUUGAAAACUUUAUGAAAAUUCUUUGCUCCACAGUGUCCAUCAAUGAUUUCAAAACAGGAACUCUCAAAUCCUACAAUCAACGAAAAGACAUCUCUGAAGAGUUUUACCACUUGAUCAUUCGACGAUCACCAAAAGAUUUUAAAGCUUUCUUUUAUCGAGGACUCUUUUAUCAUAAAAUUGGUGAUCUUGUCAAUGCAGUGGCUGACUUUAGCAAGAGUAUCAAAUUGAAUCCACAAUAUGCCAAUAUUAAUUCCUAUUUAUUUAGAGCAUUAUUGUAUUUAUCAGCUGGAAAUUCAAUUUUAGAGAAAAAAGGAGAUGAAUUACGUUAUGUCAAGUAUGCAAAUUUAGCAUUCAAAGAUUUACAAAAACUUACAGAAAUGAAUCAAUUCUGUGCUGAUGCGUAUUUACUGAGAGGAAUUCUAUUUCAGUACAAAUUUAAAUUUCAUCUCUUAUUUGGAAAGGGAGAGAGACCUUCUGCUGCAGACAAUGUCACGAAUAUGAAUCACUCGUCGUCAUCCUUGUCAAGUUCCACUUUUACAACGAAUAGCAGUCCUCUCAAAGAAUCCUCACUCACUCAAUACUUUUUCAAAAAGAAUUUCAUCUUUUCAUGUAUGGACAUUCAACCUCUCACUGACAUUUUGAAUAGUUUAGGAGACAAUAUCAAAACAUGUAAUAAUUUCGCCAUCACUCGAAACAUUUCUGCUCUUCGAAAAAUUAUUUAUGGUUUAUCAGCAGAGAAUGAGAGAAUUUCAUUUUACCCACGAAAUAGCAAGCAGGCCAUUCAUAUUCGAUCCGAGAGUUUGUUAUUGGCAGCUCAGACAGGAUCUGUGAGACACAGUGAAGCUGUCUCUACUUCUAAAACAAAAGCGUUUGAUGAGGAUGAGGCCUCUACUGAUUUGGAAGAGAAACAAGAAUCCAUUCGAGCCAUUCUUGAUUAUGUGAAUCAUCAAGAGGAACCACUGUAUCGUUUGGCAGAAAAAGAUUUCCUAAAAUGUCUCGAAAUUAAUCCAGCCUUAGCGGAUCCUUAUGGUUUUCAGAAGUUAUUGCGUCACAUUUUAGAAAUGGAUAGUUUUAAUGCCUAUGUCCAAUUAGGAUUACUUUAUUUGGAUUUGAAUCGACCCAACGACGCAGAAAAAUAUUUCACAGAAUCCAUUAAGAGAUCGGAAAAGAAAUCUUUAAUGGCCUUCUUUUUGAGAGGUAAUAUUUAUGCACAAAGAUAUUUAUUCCUUCUUGAACAAUCGGAACAAAAAGAAAAGAUGGAUGAAUACUUGAAUAAGGCCAUCGAAGAUUACAAAAAAUGUCUCGAAAUUGAUCCAAAUUUUUACAAGGCCUAUUUCAAUAUGGGAUUUUUAUAUCGAAUGGAUUUUCCAACGAAAUCUGAAGAAUGUUACAAUCGAUGUAUUGAACUCGUGGAAGGAUAUUUCUUUGCAAUUUACAACAGAGGUCUUCUCUACAAGAAUUUCAUAGGUGACAAACAAAAGGCACUUGCCGAUUUCACACAAUGUAUCACACUAGAUCCAAAAAGUACAAAUUGUUACAUUUUGAGGGCUAAAACUUAUUUGGAAAUGGGCGAUCGAGUGAAUGCAGAGCUUGAUUUUAAACAAGCCAUUUAUGUAGAUUCUAAUUGUGCCUCUGCUUAUUAUUCGUUGGCUACCAUUUAUAUGGGCGAUGAGGAAAAGUAUCGAUACUAUACCAAUCAAUUCAAACUUCUCACAAAGAAUGUGAAAAAGGUGAAUGAAGAAAUUCCAAGCAUUCUUCAAUUUUAA